AUGAUGGACGUGAAGUGUCUGAGUGACUGUGAAUUACAGGGAGAACUUAAGAAGCUUGGAUUUUCACCUGGCCCAAUACUACCUUCCACCAGAAAAGUGUAUGAAAAUAAGCUAGUGCAAUUGUUGGUCUCGGCUCCCAGUGUAGCACCGGUGAUGAAUGGACUUGGAGAGCUGGACGAGCCUCAGGAAAGUGAUGCCUGUGAAGAGUUUAAUACCACUAUCGUUUUGAAAGGAAAUAUCACACUCUCAACAGAAAAAGGCAAGGGACCCAAAAAAGCGCUCUGA